AUGAUUGGGUAUUUGUGCACCAUUUGGUGGCUGCUUCUGUUUCUCUACCACUGUUUGCCGGUGAACUUGCCCGGGCUGCAGGGGCCCGAGCCGCCGGGAGCGAGGCUGAGCCGCCAGGGACUCACCGCUCACCACCCAGUGGUUCUGGUUCCCGGCAUUGUCACCGGCGGCCUUGAGCUUUGGGAAGGCCGGGACUGCGCCGAGGGCCUCUUCCGCCAGCGGCUAUGGGGCGGACUUGAUCCACCAGGAAUUCGGGUUCGGGCUGUCCCCGGGCUUGUUGCGGCCGACUAUUUUGCUCCCGGUUAUUUCGUUUGGGCUAUCCUGAUCGAGAAUUUGGCCCGCAUUGGGUAUGAGGGCAAGAAUAUGUACAUGGCUGCUUAUGAUUGGAGGCUGUCCUUCCAAAACACAGAGGUAAGGGACCAAACACUGAGUAGACUGAAGAGCAAAAUCGAGCUCAUGUACGUGACGAAUGGGUACAAGAAAGUGGUUGUGGUGCCUCAUUCGAUGGGCGUAAUUUAUUUUCUGCACUUCAUGAAGUGGGUUGAGGCCCCAGCACCUAUGGGUGGGGGUGGCGGGCCGAGCUGGUGUGCUAAGCACAUAAAAUCAAUCAUGAAUAUUGGCCCGGCUUUUUUAGGUGUUCCGAAAGCUGUGAGUAAUAUUUUGUCUGCCGAGAGCAAAGACGUGGCUUUUAUCAGGGCUAUGGCACCUGGACUGUUAGAUUCCAAGAUUUUUGGGCUUCAAGCCCUAGAACAUGUGAUGCGCGUGUCUCGAACAUGGGACUCGAUAGUUUCUUUAUUACCUAAAGGUGGUGACACCAUUUGGGGUGACUUGGAUUGGUCUCCUGAAGAAGAUCAUGUGCAAAAUCAGUUUGACGCGAAGAGCAAUAACACGGACGGUAGAAGAGGUUUUCAAAUACAAUUAGAGUCGGCUAAAUAUGGAAGGAUCGUGUCUUUUGGGAAGGCAGCAUCCGAAUUGCAUUCUUCGGAGUGGUCUGUAGUCGACUCCCACUCUCAGAAUGCGAGCUCUCCAGGGGCCCUUGCGUCGCGUGGGAAAGUGUGGACAGAAUAUAAUGAACUGAGCCGUGAGAGCAUUUUGAGAAUUGUGGAGAAGAAGGCGUACACUACAAACACUUUAUUGGAACUUAUUCGGACAAUCGCUCCGAAAAUGAUGAAAAGGGCAGAAGCUCACUUUUCGCACGGCAUUGCUGACGACCUAGAUGAUCCCAAGUACAAUCACUACAAGUAUUGGUCAAAUCCACUCGAGACCAAGUUACCGGAUGCCCCGGAGAUGGAGGUAUACUGCUUAUACGGUGUGGGGAUCCCCACGGAAAGGUCGUAUGUGUACAAAACGACGUCCCGAAACAUCCCUUUCCAAAUAGACAACGGUGGGGUCCACUUGACGGACGGAGAUCAAAGUGUUCCGGUGCUCAGUGCCGGCUUCAUGUGCGCCAAAGGGUGGCGAGGGCGGACGAGGUUCAACCCUUCGGGAAUAUUGACUUACGUGCGCGAAUACAAGCACAAGCCACCGACCAACUUGUUGGAAGGGAGAGGGGUGGAGAGUGGGGCCCACGUGGACAUCAUGGGCAAUGUGGGACUCAUCGAGGAUGUCCUAAGGGUGGCCGCCGGAGCCACUCGGAUUGGUGGGGGGGAUAGGGUUUAUUCCGACAUUUUCAGAAUGUCCCACAAAAUUAAACUCCGCCUUUGA